AUGGAGCCGUCUGCAGCUAACAGGACUUCGGGUCGUAUGCGAAGGAAGAAGUGCAACGAAGCAAGGCCGCGGUGCGAAAAGUGCGUCAAAUCCGACCGAGUCUGUACCUGGCCUGCCGAAGAUGAUCUGUUCGACCGGCGACAUAGUCGAGCUUCCAGAUCUCCUGCAUUGUCGUCGCCUGCUCAGUCGCCGAAAACCAUCAAGGUCACAAGACGCAUUUCAAGCAGCAGCAAAGACAGCAAGGAUGUUGAUGUGUCACCAUUCUUCGUUUGCCGUGAAAUCUCCUUCAACUCAGACCUCUUUAAUUCGCCAGUGUUCAAAUCCGACCUUGAAGUUGACUGUUUCCGGCACUUUCUGGAUGGAUUUCUGCCGCUCCUCAUCCUCUCGAAUACACACCCAGGAUUCUCAUCCCAAUUCAUCCCAGAGGUGGUGGAAAUGCUUCUGCAAUUUGAGGGUAUGAAAGACGUUGCACUAGCUUGUGGUGCGUCGCGCAUGCAUCUUCUUACCGGAAGUGCUCAAAUGAACGAGGCUGGAAUCAGGUAUUAUACUCGUGCGGUCUCUGAGGUCAAUCGCUCUCUCAGCACGAUCGACUGGGGGCGGGAUGAUUUUAAUGACGCUCUUCUAGUGGCCAUCAUCUUUCUUUACAUCCAUGGAGUGUUUGAUAUUGGGACCAAUGAAGACAUUGGGAAACACGUAAUGGGAGCGAUCCAACUCAUGAAACUUCGAUGGACGCAUUCGCGGAGACCACCCAUGCCACGGCCGAUCCAUCGUAUUAUGUGGGAAAGCAUCCUUUAUCAAGUCUUUCGCCAGACAGUCAAUCGGCCCUUUGCAGUGGACUUUCAGCCUGACUUUGAGUUCUGUGCGCGGGCAGAAGAGACGCUGCAGUCUUUGACGUUCCCAGAUGCCUCGCCAGCCGACAACAGUCCCGUGAUAGGAUUCCCUUUGGCACUUCAAAAACUCAUUAUCGAGAUUGUGCAACUUUGCAAAAGUCCGGCGAAACCUGAGCCUGAAUUAUUGGGGGUUCUCGGGCAUAAAAUGGCAUAUUGGGAGAAGACGAUCCUAGAAGAGGGACACUGCAUCAAGGAAGAGGACUCGUGGUGGAUCAAAACAUCAGCUGAACGAGCUCGCAGCUUCCACCAACACUCGACGAGCUUGCAUAUUCUAGCAGCAUCCCUUCUUCUGGACUGGGUAUCCAGAUCGCAUGAGGUGGGCGAGACUGAAUCUCCCCUUCCGCCCGCAGGUGAUACAUGGCAGGUUCGCAGAGGACUGGAGAUCAUGCAGUGUCCGCAAGCUAAUGAGGAAUGGUCGAGGUGUUACCUGGGAUCGUGGCCAACCUUGAUAUUUGGCUAUGCAGUCGAUAAGCCCGCGGACAUUGCACUGAUCCGACAUGACUUGAGACAACGGUUUCAGCAGCUGUAUUCAGGGGAGGAAUUGCGCUUUCUGCAAGAACUGGAGUCAGUCUGGCGCGCAAGGGGGGUCUCGUGGCCGGAGGAGUGA